AUGUCCUGCCUUUUUCUUGGAGUUUUAAGAAGACGGAGUGGUUUGGGGGCUGCCGUAGGGGUGCGCUCCCUCUCCUCCCUGCCCUCCCUGCCCCCUGCAGUGGAGGAGUUUGUCUCCGGGGCGGUGAAGGAGUGCAAGCCGGCCGCGGUGCACGUGGUGACCGGGACGCCCAAGGAGACUGCCGACAUCCUGGCUGGCCUGGAGAUGGAUGGGAUGGUCAAGCGUCUGCCGAAAUACCAGAACUGCUGGCUGGCACGCACAGACCCCAAGGACGUGGCCCGAGUGGAGAGUAAGACCGUGAUCGUGACCAGAGACCAGAGGGACACCAUCCCCAUCCCCAGCGGGGGGGCCAAGAGCCAGCUGGGGAGCUGGAUGAGUGAGGGAGACUUCCAGAAGGCAAGGGAGGAUCGCUUCCCUGGCUGCAUGGCAGGCCGGAAGAUGUAUGUCAUUCCCUUCAGCAUGGGACCUGUGGGCUCCUCCCUGGCCAAACUCGGGGUGCAGGUGACGGACUCGCCGUACGUGGUUGCCAGCAUGGGGAUAAUGACCCGCACCGGCAGUGCCGUGAUGGACAAGCUGGCCCAGGGGGCGGAGUUUGUCCGCUGUCAGCACUCGUUAGGAAGACCGCUGCCCCUCAAAGCUCCCCUGAUCAGUAACUGGCCCUGCAAUCCGGAGAAGGUUCUGAUCUCACACCUCCCGGACUCCCGGCAGAUCCUGUCUUUCGGCAGUGGAUAUGGGGGCAACUCGCUGCUGGGCAAGAAGUGCUUUGCCCUGAGAAUUGCCUCGCGCAUCGCUAAGGAUGAAGGCUGGCUGGCUGAACACAUGCUGAUUCUGGGAAUCACCAACCCUCAGGGAGUGAAGCGCUAUGUAGCUGCGGCGUUUCCCAGCGCCUGCGGGAAGACCAACCUGGCCAUGAUGAAGCCUGCUCUGCCUGGCUGGACAGUGGAGUGUGUCGGCGAUGACAUCGCCUGGAUGAAGUUCGACAGUCAAGGGAAACUCAGGGCCAUCAAUCCAGAAAACGGCUUUUUCGGCGUUGCCCCUGGAACCUCAAUGAAGACCAACCCCCAUGCCAUGGCAACAAUCUCCAGCAACACUGUCUUCACCAAUGUAGGAGAGACCAGCGAUGGGGGGGUGUGGUGGGAGGGGUUAGACCCCCCUCCAGCUGGAAUCACGCUCACAGACUGGCACGGGAAGUCCUGGAAGCCAGGUGACCCCACCCCCUGCGCCCAUCCAAACUCAAGGUUCUGUGCCCCGGCAGCUCAGUGCCCCAUUAUCGACCCGCAGUGGGAGAGUGAGGAGGGCGUGCCCAUUGAUGCCAUCAUCUUUGGGGGCAGAAGACCAGAGGGCGUCCCUCUGGUGUACGAGACCUUUAAUUGGCGCCAUGGUGUUUUUGUUGGGGCGGCCAUGAGAUCAGAGUCUACUGCUGCUGCUGAACACAAAGGUAAAGUCGUAAUGCAUGAUCCCUUUGCCAUGCGCCCCUUUUUCGGGUACAACUUCGGGGACUAUCUGGCACACUGGCUCAGCAUGGAGCAACGGAAGGGCCCCACGCAGCUGCCCAAGAUCUUCCAUGUCAACUGGUUCCGGAAGGACCCAAAGUCAGGGGCCUUCCUGUGGCCGGGCUUUGGGGACAACGCCCGCGUGCUGGAGUGGAUCUUCAGACGGUGCGGGAGGCAGACGGAGGACGAGGCCGCAGACAGGAGCAUGGUGGGAUGGCUGCCCAAACAGGACGCCAUCAACCUGCAGGGCCUCAGCCAGAAGGUGGACAUGGGUGCUCUGUUCAGCCUGCCCAAGGCAUUCUGGGAGAAGGAGACCCAAGAGCUCCGGGCCUACUUCACUCAGCAGGUUGGCGCUGACCUCCCCCCUCAGGUAGAAGGAGAGCUGAAGGCCCUGGAGGAGAGGGUGAGGGAGUAACUGAAAGAGGGAUCGAAGGUAGAGGAAGGGGGAGGAGAGGAAAAUGAGAUGAUGAAGAAAGGGGGGGUGGGUGUGAAUGGACUGAUUGAUGUAGCCAGAUAUGGGGAAUAGAGAUGGAAAAACUCAGAAAAUCUAAGCUGAAUGAGACUGUCCACUACAGCACAGUCUGUGAGCGAGUGCAGUCUCAGCGAUCUCUGUGAGCAAGCAUUCUGAGUGCAGUCUCUGUGAACUAGCGCCGUCUGUGAGCAUACCUUAUCAACACUAUGCAAUGAAGUGUCUCAUUAAUGGAAUGUUUACAAAUUAAAGCACAACAAAUCACUUUUUAAAUAAUUUUAACCAAAACGUGGGCCUGUUUUCCUUUUUGGAGUCUACUGACUUCACUUGAAACCCUGGGGAUACUGCAUCCACAUGGACCUUGGAGAAUACCAAAGAGUUUUGAAAUGUGACUUUGUAAUUUUUUAAGCUAAUUAAAGUUCAUUUAAAAAUGCAGAUUUAUUUGUUUCUUAAAAUAUGGGACCAGAGCCAAUAUUUGUGUAUGAGUUUAAUGGAAGGAUCUGGGACUGUAAUUUUCUUUCCUUUAUUAAAAAUAGAAAUGCAAUGAUGUUUUGGUGUUGAAUGAAUAAACAUCUUU